UUACUUUAAGCUCUGCUGCAGUCACUUUUCAACGUUAAAUUGCCUCUGUGCCUUUUCACAAUUAACUGUGAACGUCCGCCGAUUUGAUAAUGAAACUUAAUCAUUUGAAAUCUGUCUUAGGUGCGUUCUAGUGUUGAGCCCAUUCUCUGGAAUGGCCGGUUAUUAUCUUGGGAAGAUUUGCUGAUAAUGAAGAAAGUCGAUAGUCUAUAGUGAAGCCAAUUAAUAAACUUUAAAGAAGGCAAAUCAUGGGCAAGGAUUUGUAGGUGUAGUUGGCGUAAAUUUUCAAAAUGUGCUCAAAAUUAAGAAGAAACACUCCAAUAGUGUGGUGGGGAUUGGCAUUUAGUGUUUGGAGUGUAACAAGUAAUGAGUUUCUCAGCCCUCCAACUACCGUGAAAGCGAGGGAAAACAAUACAGUGCUGUUACCGUGCUACUUAAAUACUGUGUCAAAUGAUGGUGCUUAUGCUACAUCAGUGAAGUGGUUUAAAAAUGACGAUCUUUUGGGAGACAGCGCAAAUGAAUCCGUAGCUCUACCCUCCCGUCACACUUUAUGGCAGAAUGGUUCUUUGGAAAUUCUCCACGUGCAGCCCGAAGACACUGGACAUUACAUUUGCGAAAUAUCUCGACCGGAACCUUGGGGAGUGGUUCGGCAGAAGCAUGCAAUUGAAGUUUUACAUCCGCCUUCUGUGGAACCUUUUCCACUCACCGGCUUCCUUCAGGUGAAACUCGGAGAAGAAGUGCGAAUCUCCUGCAAAGGCAGCGGGGUUCCAUAUCCAAUAAUCACCUGGAUUAGCAAGGGUGAGGAAUUGAAAUUGUUGGACCAUCGCGAUCUUCUGGUGUUUACAGCUUCUGAUCGCUACCUGGCUGGGGUAUACGAAUGCAGAGCGGCGAAUGGUGUUGGAGAGCCGGCGAAGGCACAAAUUGAACUGAGCAUAAUUUAUCCUCCUGAAAUCAUGACAUCUCGUUCAUGGAUACACACAGCUCCGGAACAUCGAGCACAGUUGGAAUGUCGUGUAUCGGCAGAUCCACAUGCAACCGUGGCGUGGCUGAAAGGGGAAAUUGUGGUUCCAAUCGACAUGACCCGAGUGGUCUCAAUUGUGGACGGAGACAAGCAUACAUUGAUAAUUCGCAAAGUGCAAAGAAGCGAUUUUGGAAUCUACACUUGUCGAGCGAUCAACGAAUUGGGCCAGGGCGAAAUUCAAAUUCAGCUGUCCGGAGUUCCAAAUCCAGGUGUUUUCAAGAAAACCCAGGAAAACGACAUAAUUCCUCAGAAAGACAGCUACACGUUAAUUUGGGAGGUGGACAGCUACACUCUGAUCAUUGAAUACUCCUUGUGGUUCAGACCGUAUAAAACGGGAAAAGGGUUGUUUCGACCUCAAUGGACCAAGUUGACGAUCCCUGCGGAAUACAGUUCGGGUCCAGUGUAUUCCAAAAGUUAUACGUUGAGAGGACUGAAGGAGAAAACGGUUUAUGAGGUGCUUUUGGUGUCAAGGAAUAGAUACGGCUGGUCCAAACCGUCGCCUAUUUUAAGAUUUCCUACAGCUGGAGCAGAACUAAAUGAAGACAUGAUAGCUACAGUGCAAAUUGCUGCCGAUAACAACGCCAUCCCGUUGGACUUCAGGGUUUCGGCCGCCAAAGAAUCCAGAGCUAUUAACUACUCCAUUCUGAUCACUUUGAGCUCAAUAUUGUUUAGAUUUACCUACUAAGAGUGUGAAAAAACUACGAAUUGUGAUAAAUCAAAAAAAAUACUAAAAGGGAAACAGUGACUGAAAAAGCUCCCGGUUGAAAGUGAGCCACCACUGAAUCAAUCAAUUGCUUAUCUAUUGCGCCUGCAGGUCAAGACACAGGAUCCAUUAUGAAAAUAAUCAACUCAGUGUCUUCACACACCCACAAGAAAUCAAUAAUUGAGAGGUUUAAUUGUUUAAUUGAUAGAAGCCUUUAAUGGACGAUGUCGAGCUACAUUUCGCUAAUUAGUGUAAUUAAUUUACUGCAUAGUGGGAAAUGAACUUUAGUUAAGAUUAAUGAAGGUUUGUCAGUAAUUUAACAAUGUGGAAUAUUGUAUAAUGGAGCAGAAGGAGCAAUUAUCUAAUAAAAAUUAGUGUGUUUGAUAAAGUUUAGCAAAUAAACUGGCCAAUUUUGCUGCAAAUUGUGCUGAUAAUCUGAAAAUCUCAUAAGUUAUCAUGAUAGGUGAGGACACAAUGUAAUGUUCCAUUUCUGAGUCAUCUUACAGUAAACACAAGAUUAUCUAGUCGUUUUAUCACUCAAGAAACCGAAUUUCUUGAGUGAUACUUGGCGGCUCUGUCUUCUUUAAUGCUGCUGC